GAAAUUGAACAAUUAGAAGGCCACUACAAAAAAAAAUCACAAGCAAGUGAGACCAAAGCAAGCGCAAGGCAAAACCAAAACAAGAGCAAAGCGAAACUAAAGCAAAAGCAAAGCAAGACCAGAGCAAGAGUAAGUAAUGACGAAAUACUGCCUAGUAACGAUGAAACACUGCCUAGUAACGACAAAACACUGCCUAGUAACGACGAAACACUGCCUAGUAAUGACGAAAUACUGCCUAGUAACAACGAAACACUACCUAGUAAUAAUAAAAUCAUGCUGUCUAGUAAUGAUACAGUGCUUUCUAAUAAUAAUCUACAUUCUUUCUCUCAACAAACCAUAGCUUCACCUUUUGUUAGACAAGUCUUUAAAAUAUGGGAAGAUUUUGAUAAAUAUCUCCAGGAAUACGCCUGCAAAUCAAAACGUACUGGGUGCCUUUGGCAUGUUAAUGCAACCUUUCCAAAAAAGGCUACAACGAUUAGUAUAACAUCUCUGAACAUUAAUCAUAAUCACCUACUUGACCCUGAGACUAAUUUGUAUGCAGUCAAAAAUCGAAUAUUGCCCAAAGCUGUUGAACGAAAAGUUUGCUUUUACAUGGCUGAAGGAAACCUUAAUGCAAUGAUUCAACGUAGACUUCUUUCUGCUAAGUUUCCUGAUGUCACAAUAUAUCUACGUGAUCUACAAAACUUAAUUCAAAAAUAUAAAAUAGCAAACCGGGAAGAAAAUGAUGCUUCAAAACUUCUAAAACAGUUACUUAACAAAAAAACAGAGGAACUGGGGUGGGAAGCGGCAAUUUACCUUAAUUCUGAGCUCUAUUCUAAUAAAGAAAGAUGGGCCAAAGCAUACACAAAUAAAUUUUUUACAGCUGGCAUUUCAUCUACGUCACGCGUUGAAAGUAAAAAUGCUACAAUAAAAAAAGUUCUUCAAGGCCAUCCUAGCCUUUGUGAACUUGCCACUAUUUUGGACUUGCGGGGUGCUUCUGCUGAAUGUUUUCCUGAAGUUGACUGCAUUCUCAAGGAACAUCUUACUGAAGAAAUGCUUUCUCGACAAAGGCAUGAAAUUACACAAUCACUUUACUAUUAUACGGUAAUAGAAGACGAAGAAUUACCUAAUAAAAAGCACACUGAGGAAAGCUAUGAUACACAACAAAUUCACUUGACCUCUCUUCUGGAGGAUCUCCCUCCAAAUGACAUUGUCAAAGUAUACAAAAUUCAACAAUAUCAUUGUGUUCACGUUAAUUAUGUUAUUAUUCUUGUCGACUAUUCCCAUUUAUGCACAUGCAUGCUACUUGUUAAUUCUGGCUUGGUUUGUCGGCAUUUUUGGCAUAUAUUUGCCAUCGAUAGUAAAGUUUUUUUUCAUAUAACCCUUAUUCCUAGACGUUGGUAUAGUAAUGAAAAAAUGCAAGACUUAAAUUUAGAUGAACAACUCUACAUCAUAAAUACUGGCUUAGCACCUUCUAAUGAAGGUAGCUUACCUUGUCCUGCACUUUUUCCAAUGCACCUAAUUGCUAGAAUUCAUGAACAAAGAUUGACUCAGAUUAACAAUAAUAAUAAAGAAAAUCUUGAUCCUGAACAAGUUAAAAAUCCAAUUGAAAGACAACAUAAAGGACGACCUUCAGUUAAAUGGUUUAAGAGUAGUAUUGAACAAGUCAGAAGCAAAAAACCUCAAAAUAAAUGUGGGAAAUGUGGAGUUAUUGGGCUAUUUGGCUUGACCUUGUCUGUUGUGGUAUUACCUGUGGAUAAUAGAAAAGAGAAGGAUCAAAAAGGAUACAGGAAAAGGAAAAAGGAUACAGAUUCGAGCAGUGAAGUCCGAGAUAUUCGAUUACUUAGAUUUGUGGAUAUGAAGGGUGAUGGUACUAAGGGAUACAAGAAAGUUAAUCAAAGCAAUAGUGAGAACUUGAAACCUACUAAAUGUAGUAGUCCUGAAAAUUAUCACCGAAAGGGUAUAGUUGUUAUAUUUAAAGAGGAUGAGGAAGUUCGUGCAAUUGGUGAAAAGUCAUCAGUGAAGAUGGAUUUGAUGGUGAAGCAAAGCGGGAAGAUCAAUAUGAGGGAGCAAGGAUACAAGUCGGGAAAGAUGAUAACAUGGUUGAUUAAAGUAGUGACCAAGACGUGA